AGCUAGCUCGGCGCAGACCCGGGCCGGUGCUCUGCGGGUGCGGAACUCCCUCUUCCCUCGCGUGGCUUCUUGGGGCGCCACGCGGUACCGCACCCUCCUGCGCCUCGGGGCCAGACGAUCCUGCAGCACUUUCUCUGAUUCAGAGCAAAACAGAGGCCCCCUCCCCUGCCACACACCAUCUUUCACGGUGGACGAGGUCACCUGCAGACCCAGGCGGGACCUAUGGGCUGCCCAGUGGAGAUUUUUUUAAAAACCUCAUGGGACAUAACGCCAUUGCUGGAUGCCUGGUAGAAUUAAGAAACCUGAAUGCAUGAGAGGCACUUUACAUGGGCGAGGAUGUUAUCUGAAUCAGAACUAAGUGAGUCAGACUUUCCUUAAUUAUAAAUGUUCCUGCUCUUCUCCUCUUAAAGAUGCCUUUGCACUUCUGGUAAACACUCUCAAGGCCACGGCAGAGAUAAAAUCAUUCCUGCUGGAAACCUGGAGGACUGCCCUUAAGAAAGGAAAGUCCCCGAUUGUUGUUGGAAAUGCUAAGGAAGUUGCUGAGGAGGAGACUGUUUUCUUAUCCCACUAAAUACUUCUUCUGGUUUCUCGUUUUUUCCCUAGUCGCCUUCUCUGUUUUAAGAAUUUAUCAAAAGCCCGAAUUUCUAAGCAUCGAACAUUUGGAUCUAGUUGGGGAGAAUCCUAAUAGUAAUAUUAAUUGCACCAAAGUUUUGCAGGGUGAUGUAGCCGAAAUCGAAAAGGCGAAGCUGGAGAGUCUCACAGUGCAAUUUAGAAGGCGCCCUCGGUGGACAGCCUAUGACUAUAUAAACAUGACUAGUGAUUGUACUUCUUUCAUCAAGAGACGCAAAUACAUCGUAGAACCUCUCAGCAGAGAAGAGGCAGAGUUUCCCAUCGCAUAUUCCAUAGUGGUGCACCACAAAAUCGAAAUGUUGGACAGGCUUCUGAGGGCCAUCUACACGCCUCAGAACUUCUAUUGCCUUCACGUGGACAAAAAGUCAGAGGAUUCCUUUCUGGCCGCGGUGACGGGCAUUGCAUCCUGCUUCGCUAACGUCUUUGUGGCCAGUCAGCUGGAGACCGUGGUGUACGCAUCGUGGAGUCGGGUCCAGGCCGACCUCAACUGUAUGCAGGACCUCCGCAGAAUAAACGCAGGCUGGAAGUACCUGAUAAACCUCUGCGGCAUGGAUUUCCCUAUUAAAACCAACCUGGAGAUUGUCAGGAAGCUCAAGUCACUGACAGGAGAAAACAGCCUGGAGACGGAGAAGAUGCCGCCCCACAAAAAAGAGAGGUGGAAAAAGCACUACGUGGUCGUGGACGGGAAGCUGACAAACACGGGGACUGACAAGACGCAGCCUCCUCUGGACACACCUCUGUUUUCGGGCAGUGCCUAUUUCGUGGUCAGCAGAAAAUAUGUAGAGUACGUGCUGGAGAAUGAAAAGAUCCAGAAGUUUAUGGAGUGGGCAAAAGACACCUACAGCCCGGACGAGUACCUCUGGGCCACUCUUCAGAGGAUCCCUGAAGUCCCCGGCUCAGUGCCCUUAAGCAAUAAGUAUGACACGUCCGACAUGCAAGCCAUUGUGAGGUUUGUCAAGUGGCAGUACCUGGAGGGUGACGUGUACAAGGGCGCCCCCUACCCGCCCUGCAGCGGGGUGCACGUGCGCUCCGUGUGUGUGUUUGGGGCAGGCGACCUGAACUGGAUCCUGCGCAAGCACCACUUGUUUGCCAAUAAGUUUGACAUGGACAUUGACCUCUUUGCCAUCCAGUGUUUGGAUGAGCACCUGAGGCACAAAGCCCUGGAGGUGUUAAAACACUGACAUUUACUGUAGGCAACUUUAGAAAUAAUGGGGCGGUCGCAAGAGAUGUAUCCCAUCUAACACUUCUGCUCUGUUAAUUAGCAUCAGAAACACUGUAGGGGUUUAGAGCUGGACUCUAAAUCAUCGUGUCAGGGAAGGUACAUGGUCUCUGCAGGGCACAGCCAGUUAGAAAGGUGAUGGCAGUAAACCUUGACUUAGUGCUAAUGGGAGGCCAACGCCAAGUUGCAAGGCAUUGUGGGGAGAGGUCACGCAGGUGGCCCGGAAGAGGCCCAAGGCAACCACCAGGGACGUAAUAAAAUGAUAAGAUGUAACAUGUGCCAAAAUCGCUUCCAGAGCUUUAGACAUGCCAGUCUUCCCAGUUUGAAUAAAUUUAUAGCAACAACCAAUCAUGGGGGUAUAAUUUAUUUUGUAGGUUAUAUUUGUUGAAUUAGAAAAAUUGACAUUACUGUAAAUGAUUCUUGUGAAUAUAAUUUACUGUCUGCUGCAACAUUGUGCUGUGUAUUGCAUCUAUGUUAUCUCAGGGAACUUGGAAAAAACAGGCUUGACUGAAUGUAAAUGUUUCUGAGUAAUUUUUGCUUCUACCAAUGUAUCGAUACAUAUGUUUUUAAAAAACAAAAACAAAAAAAGGCGGUUUCUGGUUUAGCUGAUUCUAUGAAUCAUCUUAGAUGAUUAGAAAAGAUAUCUUAGGUUACUAAAAGGGUUAAGAUAUUUUUGUUUAUGAUUAUAGUUUCUACAGAGUAACACUCAAUUUUGAAAAUAUUUGUUUCUCUACUGCUUUCUGCCAUCUCCCUAGACCCUGCUAUCAAGCUAUAUAAAAGCUUAUUUUUCAUGACCCCAUAGUACUGCCUCAGUUCUAGUAUAUGAUUCGAUUGACAGUAAUUAGUGUAGUGAGCUAAGACAGAAAGGAAUGGGGGGGGGGGGCGCGAGGAAUAGGAGUCAUAUUUUGACCAUUUCUGAGGCCCAGAGUGAGGGUGAAAAACCAGCAGUUGGCACUAUCCCCAGAAAUUACGGCUGUUGCUCUUCGUCUCUAUCCAACCUCCCGGAGCCUUGCAUCCUAGUGUCACCUAAUGUUUCCAUUUGAAAGAAACUGGUUUCAUUGUCAUUGCUUCAUGUUACCUGCCCACUGGUUGCUCCUUAGCCCUUGGGUUGUAUGUUUUUUCUCUCUCUCAGAGCCUAUGAGGAGGGAAGAGGUGUUCUGAUGGUCUACUACACGGUGACCUUAUUUCAGUAUUGGUAUUAUUCAGAGCACACGAUUUUCACUUUACCUUUUCACCAAAAAGACAGAUAAUUUGAGGUUGCUAAUUGCUGUCUCAUCUCAAAGUAAAUGAAGAUAUUUAAAAACAACAACAAGCUUGCUCUUUUGCUAACCUGAUACUGUUCAGCCAAAGAUCUAGCAGGAAAUGUGAAGCUUUAUCACUUCUGGGACUAAGCAAAAAUCCAAACCAUGUACUUUACUUUUAAAGCAUAACCAACUUAAAAAAUAUAUAAGAAAUUCAUAAUGUCAAUUUUCAGGCCUUCAACUGAGAAAACAUUUUUUUAAUGUUUUUUUGUUUUUGUUUUUGUUUUUUGAUUUCAGAGAAGAAGGGAGAGGGAGAGAGAGA